GCUUCCCCAUAUUUAUACAUGGGAGCUCCCCGUGGCAGAAUGCAGGAGCUGUGUCAGGUUCCAUAUCAGCCAAAUAAGGACAUAAAUCUCCGUCCAGUAAGAACCUUAUCAGUUACCAAUUAAAUCAAGGCAUUGUAGGGGUUUUUUUUUCUUUUUAAAGCACAGUUUCAGUAAUAUAUUUAUUUAAACCUUAGACAUUAUUGAAAAAAAUCAAUAUUUGGAAUCUUAACUGCUUGGCUAAAUUAACACUGGAUAUAGACCAACAGUUUCACGCUGGGGUUUAUGGGCCUUCUAGGAGCACCCGUGUGCUGAAGGAAGGCAAAGAACUACAGAAUUUCUAUAAAGUCUUAUAGUUGCUUUGAAUAUUCUCCCCCCCUGGCAACCCAGCAGUCAAAGCUCACGUUUUUGGACAAUGAAACGUUCUUCCCAGGACAGUGGCUCUCGCAGCAUUCCUGAAGAUAGAAAGCUUUAUGUUGUGGAUUCCAUAAAUGAUCUGAACAAACUAAACCUCUGUCCUGCCGGAUCACAGCAGCUGUUCCCUCUAGAGGAGAAACUCCAGGACGUCAGCACUGAUUCAGGAAAUGGAAGCCACAGUCUGUUUUUGGUGGGGCUGAUCGUCGUGCUGAUUAUCAGCCUGGCACUGGUUUCCUUCGUGAUAUUUCUGAUAGUUCAAACUGAAAACAAGAUGGAAGAUGUGUCAAGACGACUAGCAGCUGAAGGAAAGGACAUAGAUGAUCUUAAGAAAAUCAACAGCAUCAUUGUAAAGCGACUCAACCAGCUGGACUCAGACCAGAGCUAAAGAAAUGAAUCGUCCAAGAGCAACUGCUAACACCUGAGCUUCUCACGGUCCAGGAAGGGUGUAUGGUUUAAGAACCACCAAGGGUAUUUCUGUGGGUCUUGAAAGGCUGAGUUUCAAUUACAGGGAUGGGAGCAACUCCAAGGCAAGGGGGGCUGGGGGCAGCUGCCAGAAAGGGGCUUGCUUUGUGGGAGUGUCCUUCAGCUUUCAUGGGCUGAAGCGUGGGAGGCAUGGAGGAAAAACACCAGUAGAUGAGAAAGGGAACUUGGCUCUGCACAUGCAGCUUCUUUUACCAAAGGAGAUUUGUCACCAAAAUAAGGUCACAGUGGCCAGUAAAGUUCAUGGCCCCUCAUGUAUCUUUAUGAACUCCCGGGAGAGCCUAAGGGAUUCAUUGAAUUGUUUGUAUUCAAGGGAAUCAAGUGAUAAUUCUUUUCAAUAAAGGAGAUUCUGCU